AUGAAUGUGUGGGGGUAUGGGAGGAAUAAAGUUUCAAAAGAGCACUUUUACUGGGCCGGGGUUCUUGCAGGUGGUGAAGGCAUGUUUAGUAAGUGCAAUAGUGAGGAAAUGGCUCUUUUUGUAGGGUUGGCCAGACGUAUCUGGUUGAGACAGAACGAUAUCCUUCACGAGGGUACCUUCUCUCACCCACAAGCGAUCUCGUUACAAGUGAAACAGGCCGUGGAAGAUUUUAAGAAAGCUCAGAUGGAGGGGGACGACGAUAUGUUGGUCAGGGAGCAUCAACGGUCGAAUUAUUGGAUGGCUCCUAGUCUGGGCUGGUUCAAAGCUAAUUGGGACGCAUCGUUCGAUAACAAGGCUAGUCGUAUGGGACUGGGUGUGGUGAUAAUUUGUGACCAAAAUGGAGGUUUAUUUGCAGCUCGGUGUGGGGUCCGGAUGGGGAGUCUUUCUCCGGCAAGAGCUGAAACCAUGGCUGCUUUACUGGCAAUUCGGCAGUGUAAGGAAUUGGGUCUCACCCAUGUUCAUGUGGAGGGAGAUGCAAAAAGUAUUAUUGAUGCUGUCAAUUGUGAGCUAGCAAAAUAG